AUGGCCGCCGAAGAAGAACACGAGGGCGCCUCCACCAAAGAAAUCCUCAUCGAAGCCUGCCGCCGCAACAACACCGACCUCCUCACCGAAAUCCUGCAAGGCAAACCUGACGCCGAAAUAACCGCCCUCCUAAACAACACGACCACCGUAAUGGGGAACCAUCUCUACCACGAAGCUGCCUCCCGCGGAAACUACGAAAUCAUAGACCUCCUCCUCGACCAACCCUCCUUCGAAUGCGACCCCCUCAACCGCCAAGAAGGCGACACCCCCCUCCACACCGCAAUCCGCUGGCUCAACGCCGAACCUCCCGCCCAGCGCGCCUUUGGCAAAGCCCUCAUCGAGAUGAUGCUCGAGGCGGGAUCCAACCCGCGCGUCAAGAACAAAGGUGGCCUGACGGCGCUGCAGCUCGUGGACCCCAGAAACACAGAGCUACGGGAGCUGAUUCAGCAGCACGAGUAUACGAACCAGAAUGCGGGUGACUUCAUUGUGGUGGACGAGCCGGCGGCGAAGAAUAACAACAACCAUGUUGUGGAUGAGAGUGACGAGGACGCCGAGUUCAGUGGGAGUGAUGAUGAGGAGAGGGCGGAGUGGGAGCGGAGGAGAAAAGAAAAGAAGAGGGCAUAG